AUGGAAAAUGAUUGUGGAAAGUAUGCACAAAAAUGUCCAAAAUGUCAGAUACACGGAGAUUUGAUUCGAAGGCCUCCACAUGAGCUUCAGGCAAUAAGUUCACCUUGGCUCUUCGUAGCUUGGGGCAUGGAUGUUAUCGGACCAAUAGAUCCAUCGGCAUCGAAUGGACAUAGAUUUAUUUUAGUCGCCAUUGAUUAUUUCACUAAGUGGGUUGAAGCUGCUUCAUACAAAGCCGUCACUAAGAAAGCGAUUGCAAAUUUCAUCAGGAAUAACUUGAUUUGUCGAUUCAGAGUGCCGGAAUCAAUCAUUACGGAUAAUGGGGCAAACUUAAAUAGUCACUUGAUGAGGUAUCGCACAACAGUUCGAACUUCCACCGGGGCUACCCCUUAUUUACUUGUCUAUGGGAGUGAAGCUGUGAUACCUGCUGAAGUUGAAAUACCUUCUCUAAGGAUUAUUCAGGAAGCUGGGCUGAGUAACGAAGAUUGGGCCCGCGCUCGCCAUGAGCAACUCAUGUUAAUUGUUGAGAAGAGAAUGGUCGUUGUAUGCCAUGGUCAGCUGUAUCAACAUAGGAUGGUUCGUGCUUUUAACAAAAAGGUGAGAGCUCGAACAUUUGAAGUGGGGCAACUGCUUCUCAAGCGAAUAUUCCCUCACCAAGAGGAAUACAAGGGCAAAUUCGCUCCAAACUGGCAAAGUCCAUACGUAGUUCACAAAGUACUAUCUGGAGGAGCUCUGAUUUUGUCUGAGAUGGAUGAGUUAAUAUACAAAAUGAGCGUCUCUUUCAAAAAUCCCCGAGCAAAAUGGGAGCCACAACAGAGAAUUAAUACCCAAGAACGGUAUUUUAGACUGGUCGAUCAACUGGAAAUUCCAGAGUCGACAACAUCAUCUCCUAGCGGUAGCGGUUCUACUGAUAGCUCGGGUUCCCAUUUUGCUGCCCUGCAACAGACGACGACAUCCGUGACAGCUUGUCAGGAGUCUGAUGACUUAUCACUGAUGCCGUCAGCUCCUCUGCAAUUUUGGCUCUUGUUGCCUAAGGUUGACGACGACGAUGAUGACAUAUCAAGAGUUUGA